AUGAAAGCUAUCGGUGUCGAACAGUACGGUGAUGCCCAGAACCUCAUCUCGAAAGCGGUCCCCAAGCAGGAAAGCCCGCAAGGCUACGAUCUUCUCGCGCGGGACGACUAUCCGGACUACUACGACCGUGUUCCUCGUCCUUUUCAGAUCUUUGGGUUCGAUGGCGCCGGGAUUAUUGAGGCUGCAGGACCAGAUGUCAAAGACUUCAAGCCGGGCGACGAGGUCUUCUACUCCGGCAAUGCAGAGUACCAACUCGUCGAAUCGCGCAGCGUAGCAAAGAAGCCGAAAGCAUUGUCCUUUGUUGAAGCCGCUGCUUUGCCAUUGACAUAUAUCACCGCAUAUGAGGCCCUGGUUGAGUGUAUGGAAAUCGAGCCGGGCGAGCAGUCUGCGCUUCUGGUGUUCGCUAGAUCUUCGGCCAGUGAUACGAUAUAUGAUUAG